AUGGCCAUUGGAACCGCUGUGGCAAACGCGGCGAAUGUGGUUGGCAAUCACUUGGUGAAAGCGGCUGAAACUAAGUUCUCAAAGUUGGGAGGCGCCAUCAAGGCUGCGGCGAACGAGAUUGGAAGCACGGCAGUUUCUGUCGGCAACUCGUUCGAAGACUUUGGCGAGAUGGUCGCCGAUGCGACAGUGGACCUGGCGGGUGCCGUCUUGGACGCUGCUGUCUAUUCUGUGAACCAGGGCAUCCAGCUGGCCGAGAAAGUGGGGAGCGAGAUUGCCAGCAAAGCCGUGGCGUUCGGGGACGUGGUCCAAUCGCUUGGGCCUUUGGUCGUCGGCCUUGCCAAGGCGGCCUGGGAGGUCAUCAAGGAUUUCUUGCUCUGUUUCAAGAAUGCCCUUUCCCCCUGCGCCAUGUUGAUCGGUGAGGUGUGCGAUUGCAAGAAAGGAAGCGCCGUCGCCUUCUCCAACGGCCUCUCCUUGAAAUGCGUCUUCAAGGACAACGCUGGGCUGACAAAGAAGUUUGGCUUCAAGGCUACCCAAAAAGAGCAUCUUUUCGGCGGCAAGGGAGCCAACGGCAAGGUGAAGCUGCCUGGAGAGGAGUACAGCCGGCAGGGCAGACCCUGA